AUGGCUUCACCACCCGAAAGUCCCAUCGAGGAGAUUGUCUACGAAUUAGAAACAACACGAGUGCCUAAACCAAUACCAGUUGCCCUGGAGGAUUUGUGCCGUCAAACGAAAUUUACAAAACAGGAAAUACGUGUUAUGUAUCGAGGAUUUAAAACGGAAUGUCCUGAAGGUGUGGUACACGAAGACUGUUUCAAGGAUAUUUAUGCAAAAUUUUUUCCACAUGGCAAUUCAAGUUUAUACGCUCAUUAUGUGUUCAAAGCAUUCGAUGUUAACUGCAAUGGUGCCAUAAGUUUUCGGGAUUUAUUGGUUACGUUGUCCACAUUAUUAAGAGGUUCGGUUUAUGAACGUCUCCGCUGGACAUUUAAAUUGUACGACUUAAAUGGUGACGGACGCAUCAGUCGUUCGGAACUAAGUGAAAUAAUAAUGGCCAUUCAUGAGCUGAUGGGUCGAAGAGCACACCAGCCAGAGGAUGACCGAAAAGCAAGAGAUCAGGUCGAUCGAGUCUUCCGCAAAUUGGAUUUAAAUCAAGAUGGUAUUAUAACAAUCGAAGAAUUCCUGGAGGCAUGCCUUAAGGAUGAUCUGGUUACAAGAUCGCUACAAAUGUUCGAUAAUGACCUUUGAUGACCGGCUGCUGCCGAUUAUGAUAUACGAAACAAUCGCAAUACCGUUUCUUUAAUAGAUCUUUAAGGAGAAUAAUAACAACAACAAACAUAGAAACAACAACAAUUUAUUAGUAAUUAUUA